AAUUCCCAGAUUGUUCUCCUAUAAUUGCUUUUGUAUGGACUUGGCUUGUGGAUUUGAUAAUGCCGGCAAGAACAGGUUAUGAAAUUUAUGGGUUUGUUUGACACAAAAUUUUCAUUAAGUCACCUUCAGGGCAUGUUCACUCACACCAUUCAGCUACUUGGAGCAGGGAUUGUGAGGUUACUGAAGGAAUAAUGUGCAAUAUACUGGAGAAUGUAGUGAUAGGAAGUCAAGGGCCGUCACAAGGAAAUGUGGGUUGUUGGUUACUUUUAUCCCAAAGUGUCGCUGAUUGUGGUUGGUGGUAGGUUAGCAGUGUUUCGCUCAGGUGGUGUUUUCUUUGAGAUCAGGUUUAUGUUUUCUUCCUUUUUUUGUUAUGCUGCUAUGGUGUUUUGUUUCCUUGGAAAUGUUUAGGGUUCAUGAUGUUUUAAAAAUUAUUUGUUUUUACUUUUAGUUAUAGUUUGGACACUGUUUUAUUGCGUUUGACCUCUUUAAAGUUUAUCAUCUUUAGCCUUGCUGUUUUUUUCUCCUGAACUAUGGAAAAGAUGAAAUUUCAAAAUGAUAGGGUGCAAGAAAAAAUUGUUGUUGAGAGUGCAUAGUUCUUGAUGGAAAUUUUUGGUUGAUGAUUUCAUUCUCAUUUAAGCCAUGACAAUAAAGCUACACUUGUUCAAGCAAAUAGCACGAUGUUGCAGCACUUAGCUGAAUUAGUUUUUGGAUAUAGUUUAAGUGAUUUAAUGUUAGUUUCUUAGUCUUAGUUAGAAUUGCUGUAAUGCGAACUUUUGUAGUUUACUGUGUUGUAAGCACCUUGGACAAAUACAGAAGACAAGGUAGC